AUGGAUGCCAAGGCACAGAAGCUCAACCUGAAGCGGGAAGUGGGGCUGGUGGGGGCCGUGUCCCUCAUCGGCGGGACGAUGAUCGGCUCGGGAAUCUUCAUGUCCCCGCAGACCGUGCUCAGCACCAUCGGCAGCCCCGGAGCCAGCCUGGUGGUGUGGGCCAGCGGCGGGCUGCUGGUGAUCCUUGCAUCUUUCUGCUACGCUGAGCUGGGCACAGUGAUCCGAGAAUCGGGAGGAGAAUACGUCUACAUCUACAGGACUUUCGGUCCGAUCCCUGCCUUCAUGCUGAUCUUCAGUUCUGUGCUGUUCGUUCGACCCGCUGGAAUUGCGGGCAUCGCUCUUAGCUUUGCGCAGUAUGUCGUGGCGCCCUUCUAUCAAGACUGCACCGCUCCGGUGGCGCUGGUGAAGUGCGUGGCUGCGGCCGCCAUCCUGGUUCUGGCUGUUGUGAAUUGCCUAAAUGUUCGCUUUUCAAUGUCAGUCCAGGUGUUUUUUAUGGUGGCCAAGGUUCUCGCCCUGGCUGUCAUCAUAAUUGGAGGUGUGGUGAUGCUUAUCAGAGGCAACACUAAAAGCUUCGAAGACUCUUUUGAAAACACAAACGUGGGUAUCAAUGCCAUUGGCAUCGCUUUUUACCAGGGACUUUGGUCCUAUGACGGCUGGAACAAUCUCAAUUAUGUGACUGAAGAGUUAAAACGCCCAGAGGUGAACCUUCCUCGUGCAGUCGUGAUAGCCAUUUCUCUGGUGACCACCCUGUAUCUGCUGGUGAAUGUGAGCUAUCUGACUGUGAUGACGCCCAGAGAGCUCAUGUCCUCCACGGCAGUCGCAGUUACCUGGGGGAAUAAGGUGUUGGGCAGUUGGGGUUGGAUCAUGUCUCUGGCUGCAGCCUUGUCGGCUUUCGGUUCUCUGAAUGGAACGUUCUUCAGCGGGGGGCGUGUGUGCUUUGUCGCUGCCAGGGAAGGACACAUGCCAGAUAUUCUGUCCAUGGCUCACGUCCACAGACUGACGCCAUCCCCUGCACUGAUCUUCACCACCGUGGUGUCAUUGAUCGUGCUGAUCCCCGGGGACUUUCAGAGCAUCGUCAACUACUUCAGUUUCACUGCCUGGUUUUUCUAUGCUAUCACCCUGUCUGGACUGAUCUACCUCAAAAUCAAGAAGCCGGAGCUCCCCAGACCAUACAACGUUCCCAUUAUAAUCCCCAUUUUGGUCCUGAUUGCUGCAAUCUUCCUUGUGCUGGCGCCCAUCGUCGACAGUCCUCAGAUUGAAUACCUGUAUGUGACUUUAUUCAUCAUUAGUGGGGUGAUUGUCUACAUCCCUUUCAUACAUUACAAGGUCUGCCCAGGAAUAUUAAACAAGUUGACAGUGUUUCUGCAGCUGUUUUUGGAGGUCGCCCCAGCAGAUAAAAACCUGUGACUUCCAACUCGUGCUAUUUUUUUUCAUCUGCAAUGU